UUAACUUGCCAGACGCGAACCUGUGCGGAUGCUUGUCGGAUGGCUUUAUAGUUACACACAUACGUACAUAUAUAGAUCGAUUUGCGAUCGUUCGCGAUUAACGGUUAUUAAAUUCAAUCAUUUUCCAAAGGUUUUCACAAAUUAUCGUUGUUUGUCGGUACAUCGACUUUGAUUUGUUGACCGAACUAGUGUAAUUACCUAAAACGUGUAGGUAAAAGCGCGCGUGUCUCGAGUCCAACGUGAAUCCGGGUGAAUCACCGGACACCCAACGUCGGGCAAUCACUUGUUUAUCCUAAGUCCGUUUUAAAAACCCGGGACCCGGUACCCUUGGGUGUGCUUAACAUGAAAUGACAAUGACGUCAAUUAAAAGUGUAAUCAAAGUGGAAGCCUGCAGUUGAUUAAAAUUGUUCGGGUAGUCCCAUAAUCCCAUGGCCAUUCUACGUAGACGUAACCAAAGUGAAACCCAAAUAGACAGUUUCUUGUGCGGCACGAGAGCUGUGCAAGUGUCGAGCCUUAAUGCCAUGCACCAAGAUGGCGACCGACCCAACACAGUCGGUGCAUUCGCCAAGACGACAGCAGGAGCAACAACAGGAGCAACAGAGGCAACGUUGGAUGCAGAGAAGAAGAAGAAGAAGACGACAACACGAAGGAGACAACGUGAUCAACAUCGAAGAAGCAGCAGCAGCUCCACCAGCGAUAAUGAUCACUCCUCAUCCACAAGUUCCGACUGGGAUGCGAGCUCCUCCUCCUCCACCUCUUCCUCCUCCAGCAGCAGCAGCUCCUCCAGAUUACCGAUUCUCGUCAAGUCGCAACCAACCGACUUGGCUAUCCAUGUGUCCCCGCCUUCUCCAACCCGCGUCUCGGAUGCGGAUGCGGAUGCAAAUACGGAUACGGAUACCGAGAGUGCUCCUGCCACGCCCGUGCUGCCCGUGGAUCCGCAUGCCUGGACUACUGAGGACAUUGCCAGCUGGGUGAAAUGGCUAACUCGCAAGGUGAAGAUCGAUCCGGAGCCGGAUAUAACCCGCUUUCCCAAAAACGGCAACGAGCUGUGCCAACUGAGUAGAGCCGACUUCUGGGUCUGUGCAGGAUCACGACGUGGUGGCAUUCUCCUGGCCAAGCACUUUGCCCACAGUCUCUACAGGGCCACAGGACGCGAGACGAGUCCCAUGCUCAACGAGAAUGAGCCAAAUCCAUAUCAGCUGCUAAAUGCCGCCUCUCACCGAUUGGUCGCUCAGGGCUCCGGCGGGCAGAUACAACUCUGGCAAUUUCUGUUGGAGCUGCUCGCUGAUUCGUCCAAUGCCAACUGUAUUAGCUGGGAGGGCCAAUCGGGCGAGUUCCGGCUCAUCGACCCGGACGAGGUGGCAAAACGUUGGGGCGAACGCAAGGCGAAGCCAAACAUGAACUAUGAUAAACUGAGCAGAGCUCUCAGAUACUAUUAUGACAAGAAUAUAAUGACCAAGGUGCAUGGCAAGCGUUAUGCGUACAAAUUUGAUUUUCACGGCCUGAUGGCCGCUUGCCAGGCACAGGCUCAGGGCUGUGAUCCGGCGAGCAGCAUGAUUAGUUCCUAUAAGCAUCAUCAUCAUCAGCAGGCUGGCGGAUCACAUGUGAUGCCACCACAGCAUCUGCAGCAUCAAUUGAAUCUGGCUGCACAUCAUUCGCAUUCCCAUUCACAUUCGCAUUCGCAUCCUUCGCACUCGCAUCUUCAUCCACAUGGCCAGCUGUUGCAUCCACACACGCAUCACACAGCGGAGCUGACGUCGCCGGCAUCGACCUGCUCCAGUUUGGGAUUCCCCUCUCCCUCGACGGCCUCGUCGCAGCCAUCGCCUGGCAAUGUGUUUGCCGGUUCCGGAUCCGGAUCCGGUCCGUAUACAGCAACAGUGGCCUCCGGUUCCAGCAGUGCCAGUGAGCCAGCAGCCGGAACAUCCUCAUCAUCAGCAUCAGCUUCGGCUUUGGCCUCCGCUUCCGCGUCCUCCUCGACGGUGACCUAUGAGCAGCAUACUCCACCCAGCAAUGCAUUUAAUUGAAAUGUCAACCCCAAUUUGUUGGGGUUGCUCAACGGGACAAGAGACGCCAGUGGGGGGAGGGAGAGGGAGGCUAAAUAACUGGACUUGCGCAUGGGAUUCCCGCUGUGCAGCCAUCUCUCUCUAGCUCCCUUUCCUCCCUUCUCUCUCUCUCUCUCUCUUCCUUUCACUGGGAAAAAAGGUCAUUUCACUUAAUUCUAGCUUUUGUUUAAUUGCGUAAUUUUCGUAUGUGAUAAAAUGGAGCAAUGGAGGAUCGCAUGAGCAAUAUAAGAAGAAGCGGGUGGACUCCCCCUCUUUACACCACUUCAAGGGUCACUUUUCGGGCUAAUUUGUUACAUCGUCUGUUAUCUUUAUCGCUUGUAAGCCCACACUUACUUUUAUUUUUAUGUCUAUGUCUACAAUUAUGUACAUAAAUAGAGCUCUCAAUAUUAUAAUAUUUA